GACAGCAGCUGCUGAGUUGCCCAGACAUGGCGGAGGAUACAGUGGAGCAGAGGCUCGGCGGCGGAGUUCCAUGACUUUUUUGCUUCCUUUCCCUCCCCGUAAGCCAGCCAGCAAUCGACUCGUCCGAGGGCGCGUUGAAUGCUUCGCGAGAAGAGAGAGAGGAGCAGAGAAAUGUGUCGGUACUCGGAAAGGAGGCGCAAGACGACGUGAAUCGCCGCCACACGCGAGUAAGAUGGGACAAUGUAUCGCUGUGUCGUGCAGUCAACAGCCCCGGGCAAGCAAUAUGGCUCCUUGUGCCUUUCCCACUACUAUGCUAUAAACAACACUCUCCAGAUGCCGCUCCGGCCAACUAACUUAAGUUCCCCGAUCUCUCGGUACUUUUGAUCGCUUACGGAUAUUCCAGCGCGUUAGCUUCAGACAAGCUAAGGAGGAGGCUUGACGGCAACUACCACCACCACCACGCGUAGCAAUGGAUCCAAAGCACAAAGAGUUGCUCGACCAGUGCCACCCGAACUUAGUGGAGUCCAUCACGGACGCCGACCGUGUCAUCGAGCUGCUCGUCGUCUCGGGUGCUCUCAGCCAACUCGACCGCUUUGAGCUGGACCAGAACUGCUCGUCCAGCGCGGAGAAAGUGGAGCUGCUGCUGAAGAUGCUGACGAACAAGGAGAGCGACCAUUUCCUGGACCUGUGCAUGGCCCUGGAGAAGGCAUACCCCGACCUCCACGCUGUCCUCUUCGGCGGUAACAUCGGCGGAGGGCCCGUGGACCACAACACCGGUUCGACGUACAGCGUCCUCUCCACCAUGCCGUCCGACUCGGAGAGCAGCAGCUCCCUCAGCAGCGUCGGGUCGCCCGUUAACGGCGAGGCGUCCUCUCCGCCCCCUGCCAUCAAUGACAACCGGCCGCCCCCCGACCACCUGGACACCGUCUUGUUCCAGCUCCGCCAGGUGACCAGGGAGCGGGACGAGCUCCGCAAGCGUCUGGCCCUGGCGUCGCCUGGCACCACAUUCGAUGACUGCAGGCCAAAUUCCAAAGCCAGCCAUGACUAUGAGCGCUUAAAAAGCCAGUGCAUGAGGGCCAUGGCAGAUCUGCAGUCUCUCCAGAACCAGCACACCAAAACACUGAAGCGCUGCGAGGAGGCUGUCAAAGAGGCUGACUUCUACCACAUGCUGCACAGCCGCGUCCUGGGCGAACAGACGCAGCUCAAGGAGGAGAUGGAGACGCUGCGGCGGGACAACGCUCAGCUGGUCCGAGAGCACAAUCACCUCAAGCAGAGUUGCGAGGAGCUCCAGCGGCUCCACGCUCAAGACCAGAAGGAGUUGUCCGACCUCCGACUGCAGCAGCAGCAGGUCAUGCGAGAAAAGGGCUCCUCGGAGGUGCUGAACAAACUGUACGACACUGCCAUGGACAAGCUGGAGGGCGUGAAGAAGGACUACGACGCCCUCAGCAAGCGCUACGGCGAGAAGGUGGCCACGCACAACACGGACCUGAGCCGCCUGGAGCAGGCCGAGGAGGAGACCCGACGGCUGCAGAAGCAGAUGGACGCGCUGCUCAUACAGAGGGACUCGGCAAUGCACUACCAGCAGCAGUACUCCACCUCCAUGAGGAGGUUCGAUUCCGUGCAGCAGGAGCUGAACAAGUCGUCCGCUCAAAACAAGGAGCUCCAGCGCGAGAUGGAGCGCUUGCAGUCGGAGGUGACGCGCUACAAGAACCUACAGCUCAAAUCGGCCAAGGACUGCGACAAGUACAAGGAGGAGCGCGACUCGGUGUUCAACGAAUACCGCCUGAUCAUGAGCGAGCGCGACCAGGUCAUCAAGGAGCUGGACAAGCUGCAGACGGAGCUGGAGGCGGCCGAGGCCCGGCUGAAAAACACCUCGUCGGAAAGGGUCGUGGCCAGCGAGGAGUUGGAAGCGCUCAGACAGGAGUUAAACUCGUCGCUGGUGGACCGCGACAGGGCCAUCUGCGAAAGGAACGAGCUGCUGGAGAAAUACUGCCACGAGGUGAAGGACAAAGCCGAGACCCAGAAAGAGCUGAGCCAGGCCUGCAAGGACAUCGAGAUGGUCCGAGAGGAGCGAGACGUAGCACGCAAAGAGAGGACCGAGGCCAUCAUUCAAAGGGAUCAGCUACUUCGGGAGUACUAUCAAGCCCGGCAGAAACAAGACUCGGCCACACUCGACAUGGAGCGCGCCAACAAGGAGAUUGAGAUGCUGAGGAAACAGUAUGAGGCCAUGUCCCAGGAGCUGAAGGAGGCCUCACAGGAGACCGAGGUGGCCAAGUGUCGACGGGACUGGGCUUUCCAAGAGCGGGAUAAAAUUGUGGCGGAGAGGGAGAGCAUCAGGACGCUGUGCGACAACCUGCGCCGGGAACGAGACCGGGCGGUCAGCGAUCUGGCCGACGCGCUGCGGAAUCUGGACGACAUGAGGAAGCAGAAGAACGAUGCGUUGCGAGAGCUCAAAGAAAUGAAGGAGAAAAUGGAAGGGCAGCUGGAGAAGGAGGCCCACUUCUGUCAGCUGAUGGCCCACAGCUCUCACGACUCUGCCAUCGACACCGAUUCCCUUGAGUGGGAGACCGAGGUUGUGGAAUUUGAGAAGGACAGGGACGACAUGGACUUGAAGGCGCUUGGGUUCGAUAUAGCCGAGGGGGUAAAUGAUCCAUAUUUACCGGGAGACUGUGGAAUAUUUGUGACGCGGGUGGACAAAGGAAGUAUUGCAGACGGAAGGUUAAGGGUGAACGACUGGUUACUGAAGAUAAACGAUAUCGACCUGACCAAUAAGGACAGGAAGCAGGUGAUGAAGGCGGUCCUCAACAUCGGGGGGCUCAUCAACAUGGUGGUACGAAGGAGAAAAUCUCUCGGGGGCAGGCUGCUCACUCCCGUUCACAUCAACCUCAUGGGCCACAAAGACAGCGGAAUAGGUCUAGAAAACGGCGUCUUUGUCACCACAGUGGUGCAGGGCAGUCCGGCAGCCAGAGAGGGCACACUCGCUGUUGGAGACAGGCUGAUCGCUAUAAAUGGCAUCGCUCUGGAUAACAAGUCGGUGACAGAGUGCGAGGCCUUGCUGAGGAACUGCCGAGACUCUCUCAGCCUUUCUCUCAUGAAGUUUUUUCCUCACAGUACAUCCGGCCAGAACAUCUUUGAGAGUCUGCGCGAUUCAUCAGACAAGUCCAACGGGCGCAUCCACCUGUCUGAGAUCCACUCCCGGAAUAGCCGCAACCUCAAACACAACAGCUCCACGCAGACGGACAUCUUCUGCCCCGACAUGGGGACGAGCGGCAUUUCCGGCGAGAGGAGGAAGCACCGAGGGGAACCCGAUGAGCUUUACGGGGACAUGGGCAAACCCUUCUCCAUGGGUUCUCUUCACGCCACGAGCCUGCGGCCAGCGUCCGACUCGGGCGCCGGCCGCUACGGCCCCAGCGCCUUCCAAGAGUGCUGUCCCUACUCCAAGGCGCCGUCCUCGCUGCCGUUCGAGCCCGUCUCCGCACCUGACUGCCUCACCAUGGAGACGGCGCAGGACAGGAAGCACAGCGGAGGAACGUGGCCAAAGAUGGUUGCGGGGGGCAUGUCGGUGGCGCCGGAUAACAGCGGCCCACUCUCGGCGGGGGCGGCGGCGCAGCUCUCCAUAUACAAAUCCCCCAAGCAGAGGAAGUCCAUCUUCGACCCGGACACAUUCAAACGCCCUGAGACGCCCUCCUCUAAGCUGGAGUACAUGGCGGCCAAUCAGAUAGCGGCGGCGGCGGCGGCGGCGGCGGCGCACUCCCCCCAGCCCUCAAAGACCGACUCCCACUCCUCCUCCUCCACCCCGACCCCGCCGACGCCCCCCACCCGCAGUGACUCCUUCAAGUUCAAACACAAACAUCAGAGCAGCUCCGCGUCCGACUGCACCAUCACAUCCGACGGCAAAGGCGACGGCGGCGUCUCCACGGCGGCGGGCGAGCGGGAGCGAGACAGAAACGGCAACCACUACUUCCUGGACGGCAAAGUCCUGACCUCGCGGAAAUCGUGCGACGAGGACAUCGGGCGAACCCGAGGCGAAGAUCAAGAAGUGAAAAGGCCGCGACCUAAAUCCGCCCCCGCCCUUCGCCGCAGGAUGACGCCACAGACCAUCACUCUUCCCGCAUUCCAGAGCUACUCUGACGAGCAUUCACCGGAGCCACGGGACAUGCUGCGCUCCUCCCCCAGCCGCUCCCAUCGGCACAGCGUCGGCUUUGUGCCCACCGUCUACAACGGCGGCCUCCCUCCCAAUUCGGCCCACAGGGGUCUGUCUCCGUGCCCCGCCGUGACGGCCGUGAUGAGGAAUCCCGUGUACACGGUGCGCAGCCAUCGCGUCCAUACCGGCAACUGUCCGUCAGUCGCCUCCCAGAUCUGUCACCAGCACGCGCCCACCAGCCCUCAACAUCAGGGUCGCUUGAGUCUGGAUCUCAGCCAGCAGAAGCGGGGCGGCGACUUUACCGAAUCGUCGUCGUCGUCACGCGGCAGCCGAGCGUCACACGGUACACACUCACUGCCCUCCAGCGCACGACUCGGUUCUUCUAAUAAUGUCCAGUACCGGGCAGAGAGAAUCAAGAUCCCUUCCACUCCCCGCUAUCCUCGCUCCAUGCUGGGGUCAGACAGAGGCUCCCUCUCGCACUCCGAGUGCAGCAGCCCCAGCCUCAUCACGCCGCCGCAGUCACCGCUCAACCUGGAGACGUCGUCAUUCGCCAGCAACCAAUCGCAAGGCUCCAUUUCCACGUUACCUCGCAUCUCGGUCAGCCCGGUGCCGGUCGGCGAGCGCAGGAAGGACAGGCCUUACCUGGAGGAACCCCGCAACGUCAUCGUGCACAAAGGCGCUGAGCCUCUGGGCAUCUCCAUCGUAAGCGGGGAAAAUGGCGGGAUCUUUGUCUCCAAAGUAACUGGAGGCAGCAUCGCCCACCAAGCGGGACUGGAGUACGGAGACCAGUUACUGGAGUUCAAUGGGAUCAACUUGCGAAACGCUACGGAGCAGCAGGCUCGACUCAUCAUUGGCCAGCAGUGCGACACCGUCACCAUCAUGGCCCAGUACAACCCACACAUGUACCAGCUGGGCAACCAUUCUCGCUCCAGCUCCCGCCUCGAGCCAGUCAGUACUCAGUCCACACCGCAGGGCAGCGGGGCCGCCACCCCGGAAAAUCACUCCGCCAUCGACACGCUCAGCGAGCAGGACGAGGGCACCCUCACGCCGUCCUCCAAGCAAACCACGCCCACCACCAGCCCCCGCAACUACGUCAGAUCGCCCUACGAUAGCAAGAAGAAGGCGGGCGAGCCACGGCUAGUGACGGUGCACCGGCCGGGAGUAGAGGUGGGAAUCACGCUGUGUGGCGGGAACCUGCGAGGCGUCUACGUAGACAGUCUGGAUGAGGACAGUCCCGCCAGAGGAGCCGACGGCCUGCGACCCGGCGACCUCAUUCUGGAGUAUAACUCGGUGAAUAUGAAGAACAAGACAGCGGAAGAAGUCUACGUGGAGAUGUUGAAGCCGGCCGAGACUGUCACGUUCAAGGUGCAGCAUCGGGCGGAUGACUUCAAUGUGCUCAAAGACGUUCCAGGAGAUGGCUUUUAUAUUAGAGCACUUUAUGACCGCGUGGGCGAGGCGGAGGGCGACCUGACGUUCAAGAAGGAUGACAUCCUCUACGUGGACGAGUCGUUACCAAAGGGCAGCUUUGGGACGUGGAUGGCCUGGCAGCUGGAUGAGAACGCGCAGCAGAUUCAGAGGGGGCAGAUCCCCAGCAAGUACAUGAUGGACCAAGAGUUCUACCGGCGGCACAGCGUGACCGAGAUGAAGGAGGAAUCUGGCAAGACUAUUUCGGCCGCCGCCCGUCGCUCCUUCUUCAGGAGGAAGCAGAAGCACAAGCGCAGCAGCUCCAAAGACAGCAAGGAGACGGUGGCUCUGGAUGCCAUCAGCACCGACUCCAUCCCCUUCCUGGAAGACUGCGUUAGCCUGGCCUACCAGAGAGUCCAGAAAGUGGAGUGCGCCUCUCCUAGACCCGUUCUGGUCCUUGGCCCGCUGACGGACCCCAUCAAAGAGAUGCUAGUCAAAGAGUCUCCGGGGAAGUUCUUCAGAUGUGUGCUAGAGGUGAUGAAGGCGUCCCAACAAGCCAUUGAGCGUGGCGUCAAGGACUGCCUCUUCAUCGACUACAAGCGCCGCAGCGGCCAUUUUGACGUUACCACAGUCGCGUCCAUCAAGGAAAUAACAGAGAAGGGUUGCCACUGUUUGCUGGACAUUGCGCCACACGCCAUCGAGAGACUCCACAGCGUUCACAUUUAUCCCAUUGUUGUCUUUGUUCGCUACAAAAAUGCCAAGCAGAUCAAGGAGCAGAAAGAUCCUGUUUAUCUGCGAGACAAAGUGUCUCAGAAACAUUCCAAGGAGCAGUAUGAAAGCGCGCAGAAGAUCGAGCAAGACUAUAGCAAGUUCUUCACAGGUAUUGUCCAAGGCGGCUCCCUCCCGUACAUUUGCACUCAGAUCAUGACCAUAGUGGAUCAAGAACAAAGUAAAGUCCUGUGGACUCCGCUCGGCUGCCCUUAGCGAGGCCAAAGGAGCGCUCGUCCUCAACACUAAUUCAUGAAAGCUUCCUCACAACAUACAUAAGGUACACUACAUUGUAAAUUAUUGAUAUCUAUUUUUCGUUAUUUUCUCCAAGUCCUUCAGAGCAGGCACGUAGCACUGGCUCUCCACCUUCAAGCUCAUUCAGUCUUCCUGAAGGACUCAUUGGUGGUGUAUAUGUGUGUGUGUGCGCGUGUGUGUGUGCUGAAUGUGUGCUCAAAUUGCGUAUGUGUGUGUGUGUGUGAUCAAUAUUGACUCUAGUGAGCCUAAUCCAGCCUCCACGCCCUCUGUUGUAUACUCAGAACCUUAACACUAUGUUCACAACCAAGCAAAGGAGCAUUGGGGCCAUGCCGAAAGGUGGGAAGGAAAAGUAUGGGACAGGAAAAAAAGUUCAAAUCGGAAUAGAAUAGAAUGAGAGUGGAAAAAGUUGUAAUUUUACAAGAAUAAGGUUAUUUUUGUACAUAGGAAAAACAAUGAGAUUCAUUUUUGAAUAUUGACAUAAUUAUUUGCUUUAUAUAAAAAGGUAACGAAUAGUGCCUGUUUUUUAUGUUAAAACAUUGUUUUGCUUUAUUUUGCUUUUAUUUUUUAAAACACUACCAUUUUAUUUGACUAAAUUGAGAGUUGUUUCAUUUUUGGAUUUUUGUCAUGUGAUGAGACAAACACAACAUUGCGUGUUAUAUUAUGAUGUACAAUUGUGUCUUUAUUUUUGCCCCUCUAUUAUUUUAGUUUCACAUUUCCCCUCCAUAAUAUGACAUUACUGUAUAAAUAUAACUUUAUUCUUGUAAAAUGAUGUUUUCCUCUCGUAAUGCGAAGACUUUACAGUUAUCAAUGACGUCAUUUUUUUUUUUUUUGGUGCUUUUCAUCAUGGCCCUAACACUCUCACUCGGUGUAGCAGUUUCCAUGGACGAACCCCACCACACAAUUAUGCACCCGACUGACAACUAUUGUGGAUUUCGUUUGUGCUCAAGUCUGUUGUAUUUGUUGUCGUUGUAACGAGUGUUAAGGCGGUUGUCAUGACGUACUGUAGCUGCGCUCACAUUGCCCGCGCCGACGGACGCCAACCGCACGUUAGCUCUAUGCAUUGUUUCCUCUUUGUAGUAGCAGGGAGUGUGCCAGCGUUUAUCACGGGCCUUUCGGAAAGUGCCUUCUGUAGAAGACGCCUGAUCUCCAAGCAGCCCCCUUCCCCUCCCCCAAGUAGGCUUGUAUGUGUGUGUAUUUGUUCACUUCCGACACGGGGCUGUGGCGGCAAGCGCGUGACAAUGGCCGACUUGUAUUAUUUUUCUUUGUUUUUUAAGAAGGUCGGAGGCCGAUAUGGCUUCCAAACGGGUUCAACCUCUCAGAAUGCACUCCAGGGCUAGACAGACCACUGUGUAAUUAUAUCCUUCUAUCUCUUUAACAUGUAUUUAACAACAUAGAGUAUGCAGACACAUAUA